AAGACAAUCGCGAGGUGCAACAGGGGCAGUCUCUACAGAAUCGACAUUCAUCCAACUAGUGCGAAAAUUUACUUUUUCCGAGGGCAGAAAUUGCAAAAAUGUGUUGCUGUAAUUGUUCCAAUACUGCCAAGAAGGUCUGGUCCUUUAUGGGAGUAGUGUUGAUCUUUGGUCUUGCAGCAUUCUUUGGCUUCGGACUGCCAGCGAUCGUCGAUUCAGUGGCGAGACAGGAAUUUGUGAUGCAACCAGGCAGUGAGGUGUAUGAAAACUGGUUAGACUCAUCCGUACCCAUGUUCAUGGAUAUCUACUAUUGGGAUUGGACAAACUCGGAGGAGGUUACCAAUCCGAAUGUUCGCCCCAACUUUGUUCAAAGAGGGCCAUAUGUGUUCAGUGAGGUGCAUGAACGCGUGAAUCACACUUUCAACAACGAUCACACAAUCACGUUCAUGCAGAAGCGAACCUGGCAGUAUGUUCCUGAGCAGUCCAAUGGCGAUUUCUACACAGACCGAGUAACAACGCCACACACAUUUCUGAUGAGUUUUGGAAAAGCGGUUGCUGAGCUUAAUGAUCCAGUAUUACUAUUUUUUGCAAAUGCUUUGAUCAAUAAUAACGAUCUUGUUGAUGGAGUCACGUAUAAAAACGUACUGGUAAAAGAAAUCCUUUUUGAUGGAGUAGAGGACAGACUGCUGGAAGGACUGCAAAACAUUACUAUUGAUGCACCAGGCCUUCUUCCAGACACUGUGGAAUUACCAGCCUGGGAUGGAUUUGGAUACUUCAUUGAUCGCAACAAAAGCGCAGAGUAUGACGGAGUAUUUCGUAUGAGCACAGGCACUGAUGCGUGGACCAAUACCGGGGAGAUGCGAACGUGGAACGGCGAAGCUACGGUGCCAUACUACCGGGACGUCUGCGGGAAAGUACGGGGUUCGACUGGUUCAGUAAACGCGCCGAUGACUAGUGAACAGACAAGAAAUCCCGGCGACUUCUUCUUAUUCAUUACGGACUUGUGCAAAGCGUUAACGCUGCGAUACGAUGGAGAUUUUGUACUUAAUGACCUAGAGGGAAAGGUUUGGGUUGGUGACGAACGAGUGUUUGAUAACGGUCAUACUUUCCCGGAAACCGCGUGCCAAUGCACAGCAGCCGAAGAUGAAUGCCCUGUGUUGAAACCAGGAUUAUUGGAUGUGUCAGAAUGCAAAUACGGAGCCCCUCUGUUAGUUAGCUUUCCACACUUCUAUCUGGCGGAUCCGAGCUAUUUGAAUGCUGUAACAGGUUUGACCCCUAUGCCUCAAGCGCACCAGUUCCGGUAUGCUCUGCAUCCCUUCUCCGGCAUUCCAAUGACUGUCAGCGGAAGGCUUCAAUACAACGUCCAUGUAAAGGAUUAUGGACUGGAUAUAACUCAGGGGCUUCCAGAUAUAGUGAUUCCUGCAUUUUGGGUGGAGCAACGGGUAGUUCUCACUCAAGACGUGAUAGAUGAUUUACAGUACAUCGAAACGCUGCGGUCAGCUGGUCACAUUACUGCAUUCGUACUAGUUGGUGUUGGAGUAAUCGCUUUUGGAGUGGCACUCUACUUCUCUCUGUUCGUGUGGAAUAAGUAAAAGCAGCUAGCUGGACUAGCUUCGAGUAUAUUACGUACGUCUCUACGAUUGACACCAAAACUCACUCUAUUACUAUUAGGUUUAAAACUAGGCCAUUGUUAAAUAAUACAAACCGAUAUUACACUCUAAA